GCCCCGCCCCCUGCCGCCGCUCUCGGGCGGCCGCCGCCAUGACUGCGCGCGGCACCGCGAGCCGCUUCCUGGCCAGCGUCCUGCACAACGGGCUGGGGCGGUACGUGCAGCAGCUGCAGCGUCUCAGCUUCAGUCUCAGCCGCGAUGGGCCCUCGUCGCGCGGCGCCAGGGAGUUCGUGGAACGCGAGGUGAUCGACUUCGCCCGUCGCAACCCAGGGGUUGUCGUCUACGUGAACCCCCGACCGUGCUGCGUGCCCGGAGUAGUGGCCGAGUACCUCAAUGGGGCCGUGCGCGAGGAGAGCAUCCACUGCAAGUCGGCGGAAGAGAUCGCCGCGCUGGUUCAGAAGCUGGCGGGCCAGUCAGGCCUGGACGUGGUCCGCAUCCGAAAGCCCUUCCACACCGACAACCCCAGCAUCCAGGGCCAGUGGCACCCGUUCACCAACAAACCCGCGCCGUUCCGCGGGCUGCGCCCCCGAGAGCCCCGGAGCCCUGCCCCAGGCGGGGGCGAGCGCGGCGAAGAAUCGCGCCACCUACGCUAACCCAGGCCGGCCUGUCGCCCAGCAGAGGUGUACCUCCCUCUUUGGCAUUCCAAGCCCAAGCAGAUAAAGAGAUCUCUCCCUUGCCCCAGCGCUGGCUUAAUGCCGAAGGCCUUGCUUGGGGUGAGGCGCUGCCUGUUGGAUUAAAGCGUCAAACGCUGA